GACGAAGUUCCUUUCGGAUGCGUGGAUGUACAGCCGAGGCUUCAUCGAUUUUCCUAAAGGGAUGGAGUUUCGCAGCGGAUGGGUAUCACGAAGAACUACAGAUAUGCUCAUGGAAAUACCAAAAGCGGUCGGCAUUUCUGCGAAUUUCACAAUUAAGGCUGCUGUUGAGGAAAUGCGUUUAACCGGAAGAAACCGGGUCGUUGUGGUCGACGAAAACUCAAACGGUGCUGUGGGAGUUUUCGAUGGCUCAGCACUGAAACCCUUGCUUGAUGGCUCGGCUACCGUAACGGACACGGUGACCAAAGUGAUGAACAAAGGAGUUCGAAUGCUGACGGAUGAAGUUCAACUAGAGGAAGUUGGACGGAAAUUGUUCAAUGAGACAUACAUAGUCAUUCAAAGUGCAAAAA